AUGUCUAAAGGAGUGAAAAUAUUAGAUGGAGUGGCCCUGGUCACUGGCGCAGGAUCUGGUAUCGGGCGUCAAAUAUGUAUUGCCUAUGCUCAUGCGGGGUGCAGGGCUAUCGCUUUAGCUGAUGUCAAUCUCGAGGGAGUCAACGAAACCAUCUCGUUGAUCAAAGCCCAAGGGUAUAGCACGAAGACCCUAGCAUUGGAAGCAAACGUCGCGGAUGCCAAUUCAGUCAAGAAUAUGGUUGCUCAGACUGUCAAAGCUUUUGGAAGCAUAGAUUAUGCUGCUAACGUCGCCGGAAUCACAACCACCGCUCGAGUCCCCACCGCGCAGUACCCUCACCAGGAGUAUGAUAAAAUCCUGGAGAUAAACACAAAGGGUAUCAUGAUUUGCAUGCAGGAACAGAUACAGGCGAUGCAGAAACAAACGCCGAUUUGCACUCCUGGUAUCGAUAACCCACGUCGAGCGCAGCGAGGAAGCAUCAUCAAUAUUGCCUCCAUCACUGGCUUUGCUGGUUUGCAAAACAUGAUGCCAUAUAAUGUUUCCAAGCAUGCCGUGAUUGGUCUCACCAAGUCUGCGGCGGUUGACCAUGGCCGCGACGAGAUUCGUAUCAACGCUGUGUGUCCGGGUAUGACCGAGACGCCCAUGGUUGCGACUCGGACUACUUCCAUCCCUGGAAAAUCGAGUGGCUGGGCGGUGGAUGGCAACACAAGGCAGCGACUUGCUAUUCCCGAGGAAAUUGCUGAUGUUUGUAUAUUCUUGAGCGGUUGUGGUGCCAGCUAUGUGUCUGGGUCAUCGAUUGUGGUCGAUGCAGGACAUUUGGCGGCAUUGCGGUAUGAGAGUCACUUGUGA